CUGCAGGGUGGAGACCAUGCCAAAGCUGCAGGGCUUCGAGUUCUGGAGCCGCACCCUAGGGGGCGCCCGCCACGUAGUGGCCCCCAUGGUGGACCAGAGCGAGCUGGCCUGGAGGUUGCUGAGCCGCCGUCAUGGGGCCCAGCUCUGCUACACGCCCAUGCUGCAUGCCCAGGUCUUUGUGCGCGAUGCCAACUACAGGAAGGAGAACUUAUACUGUGAGGUGUGCCCCGAGGACCGGCCCCUCAUCGUGCAGUUCUGUGCCAACGACCCAGAGGUGUUUGUGCAGGCGGCUCUGCUGGCUCAGGACUACUGCGACGCCAUCGACCUGAACCUGGGCUGCCCGCAGAUGAUCGCCAAGAGGGGUCACUACGGCGCCUUCUUGCAGGAAGAGUGGGACCUGCUUCAGAGAAUGAUUUUGCUGGCCCAUGAGAAACUCUCAGUUCCUGUCACGUGCAAGAUCCGUGUCUUCCCAGAAAUUGACAAGACCGUGAGGUAUGCCCAGAUGCUGGAAAAAGCUGGCUGCCAGCUGCUGACCGUGCAUGGACGGACCAAGGAGCAGAAGGGGCCCCUGCUGGGCCCUGCAUCCUGGGAGCACAUCCGAGCCGUGCGACAGGCCGUGGGUAUCCCUGUGUUCGCCAAUGGGAACAUCCAGUGUCUACGGGACGUGGAGCGCUGCCUACAGGACACAGGGGUGCAGGGGGUCAUGAGCGCAGAGGGCAACCUGCACAAUCCCGCCCUGUUUGAGGGCCGCAGCCCUGCCGUGUGGGAGCUAGCUGAGGAGUACCUGGAGCUGGUGCAGGAACACCCCUGUCCCCUGUCCUAUGUCCGCGCCCACCUCUUCAAGCUGUGGCACCACACGCUGCAGGUGCACCAGCCACUCCGUGAGGAACUGGCCAAGGCGAAGACCUUGGAGGAUGUAGCCGCUGUGAGCCAGACACUGAGACGUCGGUGCCAGGAGGAUAUGUCCAGGCAGAAGGAGGGGGAGACGCCCUCGGGGGGCCUGCCUUUCUUCCACUGGAUCUGUCAGCCCUAUGUUCGGCCGGGACCCAAAGAUGGGAGCAAGAACAGUGCUGUACCCAGCAAGAGGGCCCUGGAGGAGGAGGAAGAAGAAGGGAGCCAUGCCAAAGUCCUAUCCAAGAACAAACAGAAGAAGCAGCUGAGGAACCCCCACAAGACCUUCGACCCCUCACUCAAGCCGAAAUAUGCAAAGUGUGACCAGUGUGGCAACCCCAAGGGAAACAGGUGCGUAUUUCACCUGUGCCGGGGCUGCUGUAAGAAGAGAGCUUUCCGAGAGUCCGCGGACUGUCCAGGUCAUGGGCUGUUGUUCAGGACCAAGUUGGAGAAAUCCCUGGCCUGGAAGGCAGAGCAGCCCAAGCUGCAGGAGUCCCCCGCAGGAUCUGGGGGACCAGACAGCUUCCCUGAGGUCAUGGGCAGUGCCGUGGCCUGA